GCCCACUAGGAUUGACCCCUCUUCUCCCAUUUGAUUUCCCCCCAAUCUAUUUCUCUUCCAAGAAAAUCUUUUCCUUCCCCAUUUCCCCUCUCCUCCACUCCAUAAAAAACGCCACUUUGUCUUCCUUCCCCAUUUCCUCCACACUUCCUUCACUUCCGUCCAGUUCUCUUCCUCUAAACUACCCACUUGAGAAUAAGGUCUCUGCACCUUUCCUCAAUUCCAACUUCACACACAAAAAAACAUGGCUUCUCUAACCUUGUCCUGCAGCUCGAUUACUCCAUCAUCCAUGGCGGGUUCCUCGCGAACCCAUUUCCCAGUUCUCCCUCUCGAGUUCUCCUGCUGUGAACACCACUUUCAAAGCAGGAAAAGAAGUGGCAGGGGAAGGCAUAAAUCGGGUAGUCAACCGGUUGUCAAAGCUGUAGCGGCGGCAGAGGCCCCGCCGGCGAGCCAACCGAGUGAGCAGAGCGAGAAGAAGCUCAGGGUUCUGGUCGCCGGCGGCGGGAUUGGUGGGCUGGUGUUUGCUCUGGCGGCGAAGAAGAAAGGGUUUGAAGUAAUUGUGUUCGAGAGGGAUUUGAGUGCUAUUAGAGGAGAAGGGCAGUACAGAGGGCCGAUUCAGAUACAGAGCAAUGCUCUGGCUGCGCUCGAGGCGAUCGAUUUGGAUGUCGCGGAUGAGGUUAUGAGAGCUGGUUGUGUUACUGGGGAUAGAAUUAAUGGGCUUGUUGAUGGGAUUUCUGGCACCUGGUACGUGAAGUUUGAUACAUUCACUCCUGCUGUAGAGCGUGGACUUCCGGUCACUCGAGUUAUAAGCCGAAUGACUCUGCAGAGAAUCCUUGCUUCUGCAGUGGGUGAAGAGAUUAUCCAGAAUGGUAGCAAUGUCGUCGAUUUCGAGGACGAUGGAGAAAAAGUAAUGAACAUCAUAUGUCGUUAUGGUGUUUGUUUCAUUGAUUUGGAGAACCUUUUGCAAGUCACUGUGACACUGGACAAUGGACAGCAGUACGAAGGCGAUCUGUUGGUUGGUGCUGAUGGAAUACGGUCAAAGGUGCGAACUAAGUUAUUCGGACCCAAGGACGUGACAUACUCGGGCUACACUUGCUACACAGGCAUAGCAGAUUUCGUUCCGGUUGACAUCGAGUCUGUUGGGUAUCGAGUGUUCUUGGGUCACAAGCAAUACUUCGUCUCUUCGGAUGUGGGAGCUGGAAAGAUGCAGUGGUAUGCGUUCUACAAUGAACCUGCUGGGGGAACAGACAAGCCUGGUGGUAAAAAGGAGAGGUUGCUGCAGUUGUUUGAAGGAUGGUGUGACAAUGUGAUCGAUGUGCUCCGUGCCACGGAUGAAGAAGCCAUUCUCAGACGCGAUAUAUUUGACAGGACUCCUACUCUUAACUGGGGGAAGGGCCGGGUGACAUUGCUCGGGGAUUCCAUUCAUGCUAUGCAGCCUAACUUGGGUCAAGGAGGGUGCAUGGCUAUUGAGGAUGGUUAUCAACUGGCAGUGGAUCUUGUCAACGCGUACGACCAAAGCAUCGAAUCAGGAAAGCCAGUGGAUGUAUUUUCUUCUUUGAAGAGCUACGAGAAGGCUAGGAGAUUACGAGUAGCAAUCAUCCAUGGAAUGGCUAGAAUGGCUGCAAUAAUGGCUACUACCUACAGACCUUACUUGGGUGUAGGGCUUGGACCAUUGUCGUUCUUGACAAAGUUCCGGAUACCACAUCCUGGAAGAGUUGGCGGGAGAUUCUUCGUAAGCUUGGCAAUGCCUUCGAUGCUGAGUUGGAUCCUAGGUGGUAAUAGUUCAAAGCUGGAAGGGAGGUCAGCAUCGUGCAGACUGUCGGACAGAGCUAGUGAUCAGUUGAGCAGAUGGUUCGACGAUGAUGACGCGCUAGAGCGUGCUCUUGAUGGAGAGUGGUUUCUUCUCCCAUAUGGACAUGAGGCAGCUUCUUCAGAACCUAUUCACAUGCCUCGGGACAAGGAACAACCCCUCAUUUUCGGGAGUACGUCGCAGGAAGAUUCCCCUGGAGUAUCUGUAGUCAUACGAUCUCCUCAGGUCUCCACACAGCAUGCACAGAUUAGCUACAAAAAUGGCUACUUCUACUUGUCAGAUCUCAGGAGCAAACAUGGAACCUUCGUCACUGAUAACGAAGGAAGACGGCACAGGAUACCUCCAAACUUCCCAACCCGGUUCCAUCCCUCGGAUUCCAUUGAGUUUGGUUCUGAUAAGAAGACCAUGUUUCGGGUCAAGGUGCUGAGGUCUUCUCCAAAGGCGGCAGAGAAGGACGAGAAAGAAGUCUUCCAGGCAGUAUGAAAGGUUUUGGUGGUAGUUGAUGAGGAAUUUGUACAGCUUUUGUCAGCAAACUUGAGCAGCAAGUAAUGCCUGCUGCAUAGCUAUAGGAUUCAGAAAGAAAUGGGUGAAUAUACAUAGUUGCAGACUUUCAGUAUCAGCUGAAUGAUGUAAUAUAUUGAACGAAGAAGGAAAAUAAAAGGUUUUCGUGCUUCGUCGGCUACAGACAGAUAUCUGCAUCAUUUUAUAACUUGGAACAAGACUGCAAAAAGAAACAGUAAACUGGAACACCAGAAAGGAACGAAUCUGAAACGUUCUUGAAUUACAAAAAACCUACACAGGAGAAGAGGGAAUUACACAGACAGCGGUACCAUGUACACUUAGAAGCUUUGUUUACGGUUUUGCCAUUUGCUUGCAUUCAGGAAACAGGAGGCGAACCUGUUUGGUCAAGAGUGCAUCUCUUUUAUUAUGUUGGCAACAGGUUGCGGGAGCCAAGCCGUGUUUCCACCAAUCUUGUUCUCAUCCGACUUGGAUCCCUUCCCCAGUUUGCAGCUCACAGCUCGCCCGACAGACAUCCCAAGCUUCAAUGCAGUGAACGCGCCCAGUGCAACAGCUAACGGUCUGACCGCCCAAUGGAAAUCCUCGACAUGCUGGUAUUUCUCGACGAUCCCAGGACAUGUUCCGAAGGUGACGAGCUCCACCUGAUCUGGAUCUGCCAAGUAGAAUUCUGAAUUGUUAUCUCUGAACACAAACCGUCCUGGGAAGCUUACCAUGAGACAUCCGUUAGGAAGCACGCGUGAAAUUCGGCCAGUGGCCCAACCAGUUCUUCCCUUGCGAGGCCAACUGAACCGAGGAGAAGAUACGUCGGCUUUCAGUCGUACGAACUGGCCCAGAUAGUAAGGUUGAGCCACUUCAAGCUUAGAAGCGUCUCCCAUCCAGAGGAUUUCACGGCCUGCGAAUCCAACUGCUGCACGUCCAUUGCGUUUGACGGAAUGGAGAAUGCCGACACGAGAGUGGUUGCACUUGUUGUCGGCCUUCAGGCGAACCCAGUCGCCAGCUGAAAGACCAUAUGUAACCCUCUCGAGGGUGGACUCUUGUAUCUUCACAGGGUUGUGAACUCCGGAAAUCUUCACCAGAAUGAGUCCGGAUCUAUCGGAGGCUGUUCCGACAACUGUUCCCUUCUGCAAAGGUGUGGUCUGCGGCUUUUGUGCAUUCAGGGGUUUUCUUGAACGGACAAUGUCGUCUACUUGGAGAUAAUCUUUUGAGAGAUACCAAGUUGUAUAGCCAACAACAGGCGACUUUUCUUGGAAUGAUCUACUACUUCGCUGUGGACUAAUCCAUCCUUCAUCGGCGUGAACAGAAACCUGCGAGCUCUCAAAUGCAGCCAGGAUGUCAUCCAUUAAAGGUCUGUUCCGGGGAUCAUACUCAAAACAGCCGGAUAUAACAUUUUCCACAGCAGGAGGCAACCCAUUUGGUAUUGAUGGCCUCUCUUGCUUAAGAACAACAGAUUUAUAAAUCUCUUGCAAUGAUUUUCCGGACCAAGGUGGAAUUCCAGUCAACAUCUCCAAAAUGCUACAACCGAAACCCCAAGAAUCAGUCUCGAGACACAAUGGACCUCUUGCUUCUGGUUCCCAUUGUUCUGGGGCCAUGUAACUUGGAGAUCCAAGCCUCAAGGCUACAUCUGAAUUCAACAAUGGUAUGCCUAGAAGAAGGUAAGGGAUUCCAAAAUCCCCAAUGAUCAAAUGGUCAUGCUCAUCGAGAAGGCAGUUAGAAGGUUUGACAUUCAGUAGCAGCAAACCAAGCGAGUGUAACUGUAGGAUUCCUCUUGCCAAGUCGAUGCCAUAUCUCACGACAUCUGGUAGUUUGAGCUUGCCUCCUUUUGAUCUAGCAAUCUGGUCAGCAAUCGAUUCCUCAUAGAUUUUCAUUGCAAUGCAAAUCUGGCCAUUUAUCUUUGAGAUACCAUGCAACCAACAAACCCCCUGGAGUUCUCUCAUUCUCAAGAACAGGCCUUCAACAUUCUCCACAAACUUCUGCCCUAGGUCUUCCUUUAGAGGGUGCAGCACCUUGACAGCAACUUCAUGGUGCUCGUCAAAAUCAUCGGAAGACUGAUGGUGCGUUGCCAACCACACAUCACCAAAUGUUCCUCGCCCAAUCCUGUGCUUGAACUUCAACUCAGAUGGAUUGAUCCAUGGCACAAUCUGGGUAGGUGUAGCGACAACAGUUCUCAGGUGGUCGGGAUCUCCAUCAAAAAGCUCGUACUCGAAAGACGCUGAAGGCUUGUGCAUUCUGAUCGUCUUUUCCAUUCCCUAAACGGGGGAGAGAGGCUGAGUGGGAUUUAUCGGAGAGAUGAUCGAUGAUGGCUCAGUUUCUCCGUCGGAGCGGGGGAAUUGCAACGCCGGCGUGGGGACGUGGUGGUGGUGGUAUCCGCCGGAAGUUCCGAGAGCUAUCAAACAGACGAGGAUUCCAAUUUCCAACUCCCU